UAANCACAGGCACAGCAACAAGAGAUCAUCAAAUCCACGUUCCCUUUACCCCAAAUCAAAUCGCAGAUUCAACAGAUAAAGAGCGAGGAAUGAACGUAAAUUCCAUGUGUUACGGUGGCGUUUCUAGCAUGCACCGCUUGAGUACGUGGAUUUGAGAGAUAAAAGGGUCUAAAUUAUAAUCUCAAAACUGUUUAUUGAGAGCGGGGAGGUAGCUGAUAUACUGAGAAAUACAGAUAUAAAUGUCGAAUCAAGCGGUGAAGGUGAGGAGGGACAGGAUUGGGGCAUGCAUGACAUGCCCUCUUUGUCAUAAACUCUUCAGAGAUGCAACUACUAUUUCCGAAUGUCUUCAUACGUUUUGCAGGAAAUGCAUCUACAAAAAGUUGUCUGAUGAAGAAACGGAACACUGUCCAAUUUGCAAUAUCGACUUAGGCUGUGUUCCUUUAGAGAAAUUGAGGCCAGAUCAUAAUCUGCAGGAUGUGAGAGCAAAGGUAUUCCCUUAUAAGAGGCGAAAGGUGAACGCACCUGAAAUUAUGCCUUCAGUUGCAUUGCCAGUAAGGAGAAAGGAGAGAUCGCUCUCGUCACUUGUGGUCAGCACUCCAAGAGUAUCUACACAAACUGGAAUGACAGGAAGAAGAUCAAAAUCGGUGGCAAGAAAAACAUUACGGGGUUCUGCCUUUUCAAUUGAGAAACCUGUCAAGAAAGAAGAAGGUUCUGGAGAAGAUCAGCUGGAUAGCUCUAGCUCACCUGAGACUUUGAACAAGUUCACUCAGAACAUAAGGCUGAAUUCUUCCAGUGGUGAGCCUUCUGACCACCCUACACCUGAUAAGGAAAUUGCGAACGGCAAUAAACAGUGGGAAGGCAAACUUGAUUUGUGGAAACCUUUAAAUUGUUUGGUAGAAGCAGCAAACAGGAGCAAAUCUUCGAGGUUUACCUCACAGGGUUCUACCGCUAAGUCAGAAGGUCUGCAUUCUCAUGACCGUGAGGGUCAUGUCCGUAAAACUAAAGUCAAAGAACAUGGGCACAAAUUGAAGAUCAAGGAUGAUAAUAAUGGUGAUCCUGGUCCUCAAGAAUUUGAUAAACCUAAGAAAUCAUGUAGAAUUCGCCAAAAGAAGGCAUCAGCUUUUGGAGAGUUUAAUAUUUCACCGCAAACUGUACUGGAUGCAACCAGUGCCAAAUGUGAAAGGAGAAUCUAUCCAAUAUGGUUCUCAUUAGUGGCCUUUGAAGACCAGGAGGGAGAUGCACCCUUGCCACAGAUUUCUGCAAGUUACUUGAGAAUAAAGGACGGUAACAUUCCAGUUUCUUUCAUCCAAAAAUACCUGGUGAGGAAGUUGGAUCUUAAGAGCGAAGACGAGGUUGAGAUUAGAUGUAUGGGACAAUCAAUAGCCCCCAGUUUACCACUUAACAGUUUGGUUGAUAUGUGGCUUCAAACUACUACAUCUGAAAGAAUUCCAGCAAUUAUUGGUUCAUCAGCAAAGGACUUUGUGAUGGUAUUGGCUUAUGCUCGAAAGGUUCCAGGCGUUCCAGUUUCUUGAGUUAUUAUCACUGCAUUCAUGUACUUUAUAAACUAUAUGAGAGCUAGUCUUAUGUUGAAGUAGCAGGCCAGAAUUGCUAGACCCCUUUGCCUCGAGUGGCAUAUGGUGAGAUUGUAAACUUGUAAGUUGUAUUUAAUCACUGCAACUAGAAUUGGUGGAGAUCAGCGGGAAACGAGCAACAGGAUAAGAAAAAAGAUGAGAUUUCACAUGGGACCCUGAACGAGUUUGGCCAUUCGUGCUCUAACCGAGAAGAUACCAUGCUCUCAAGUUCACUAUCUUUCUGCAAUGUGUUGUAUGCUUGUACACUACCUUGUAGUUAUACUGCAUGAAUUUUGAUAAUGUUUUUCAUUAUGACUUUCGAUCCUCCGUACUUCAUAAUACACAAUUAUUUAUUUUUCAAAGAUCCUAGUAUUUCAUCAUCAGCCUCCAGAAUGAUGAAUUACAUUGCUGUAUUCUAAUUGCCAUUCUGAGUUUAGAAUUCAUGUGCAUAUUUUUUCUGCUGCUA